CCCGUUAGUGCCCUCGGUCGAGACUCACACCACCGUCAUGUCCCGCUACCUGCGCCCCCCCAACACGUCUGUGUUUGUCAGGAACGUGGUGGACGACAUCAGGUCUGAAGAUUUACGGUGUGAAUUUGGUCGUUAUGGUCCUAUAGUUGAUGUGUACGUUCCGCUUGAUUUCUACACUCGCCAUCCAAGAGGAUUUGCUUAUGUUCAAUUUGAGGAUGUUCAUGAUGCUGAAGAUGCUUUGCAUAAUUUGGACAGAAAAUGGAUUUGUGGACGUCAAAUUGAAAUAGAGUUUGCACAGGGGGAUUGGAAGACACCAAAUCAGAUGAAAGCCAAGGAAGGAAGGAAUGUGUACAGUUCUUCCCUUUAUGAUGAUUAUGAUUGAUACAGACGUUCUAGAAGCCGAAGUUAUGAAAGAAGGAGAUCAAGAAGUUGGUCUUUUGAUUACAACUAUAGGAGAUCUUAUAGUCCUAGAAACAGUAGACCGACUGGAAGACCACGGCGUAGCAGAAGCCAUUCCGACAAUGAUAGAUUCAAACACCGAAAUCGAUCUUUCUCAAGAUCUAAAUCCAAUUCAAGAUCACGAUCCAAGUCCCAGCCCAAGAAAGAAAUGAAGGCUAAAUCACGUUCUAGGUCUGCAUCUCACACCAAAACUAGAGGCACCUCUAAAACAGAUUCCAAAACACAUUAUAAGUCUGGCUCAAGAUAUGAAAAGGAAUCAAGGAAAAAAGAACCACCUAGAUCCAAAUCUCAGUCAAGAUCACAGUCUAGGUCUAGGUCAAAAUCUAGAUCGAGGUCUUGGACUAGUCCUAAGUCCAGUGGCCACUGAUAGUAUAAACCAUGAUAAUUUUUAGGCAUGUAUCAUUCAUUUACUCAUAGUUUGGUUUACUUAAAUUAUCAGGAAUACAAUGUUGCAAUGAUGCUUAAAAAACAUUUGUUAGUUUUCCCUCUACCAGGCAAUGUUUAUAAUUAAAAUAUGCUGUUGAGAAGCCACUCUUAAGAGUCCAGUUUGUUUAAUGUUACGGGCAGCUACCAAUUUGUGGUGUCUCUGUAUAUUUUUGUAAAGAUUCUCAUUUUUUGUGCUUGAAGUAUUUGGUGAAAAGAUGUUGGCUGACCAUAAUUUGCAACAUUGUCUUAUUAAAAACAAACUUUCAUAUUUGUAUUUGGUAGAACUAUUAACCUAGAAUGUAGCUUGAUAAUAAGACAGAAUAAUACAAAAGUGAAGUUGUAGCCACAGUACAACACUGACUGCUCAGACACAUUUAGGUUCAGGGUGGACCUUUAUGUCUUGGCAAGAUAUCUAGGCCCCUGAUAAUAGUUUAUUUAUGAUGCAGUGUGGAAUAGUUCUUUUGUUAACCCCACUGUCUUGGGGAAUGAUGCCAGCUGGAUUACAUAGUAUU